AUGUCGCCGACAGCGACCUCGGAGACGGAGCAGGAUGAGGACCAGCGCAACAGGUUCAUUAGCAGGCUCAUCUUCUUCCUCUUCAUCUUCGGGGCCGUCCUCCUGUGCGUGGGAGUCCUGCUGUCCAUCUUUGGGUUCCAGGCGUGUCAGGAUGAAAACGCCACAGACUGUAGCUUGGUGCUAAAGAUCGCCGGGCCCUCGUGCGCCAUCAUCGGACUGGGAGUUGUGAUCCUGGCCCGCUCGCGGGCACGCCUGCAGAUGUUGGAAAUGCGGCGGCGAGGCAACCAGGCCGAUCCGGACCAAGCCUUCCUGUGUGGCGAGAGCCGCCAGUUUGUCCAAUGCCUCAUCUUUGGGUUUCUGUUCUUGACCAGCGGUAUGCUCAUCAGUGUGCUGGGCAUCUGGGUGCCCGGCUGCAGCUCGAACUGGGUACAGGACUCACUCAACACGACAGACUCUUCCAGGCCAGAACCCCAGAUCUGCGGGUUCCUUUCUCUACAGAUCAUGGGGCCCUUGAUCGUGCUAGUGGGACUGUGCUUCUUCGUCAUCGCCCACGUGAAGAAGAGAAACACCUUGAGUACCACCCACGAGGUCUCUGAGAGUGAAGAGGGGCCGAGCCAGAGCAUGGAGCCUGUCCAGGUCACAGUAGGUGACUCGGUGAUCAUCUUCCCACCACCUCCCCCGCCGUACUUCCCUGGCCCUCCAGCAUCUCCCGUGUCUCCGGUUCACAGCGCUGGCGCUGAUGGUGCACUUCCCCACGAAAACCCACCUCCGUACCACAGUAUUUUUAAUCAGGGGAUCCCCGCACCCGAGAGCCAGGGCGAGGCCUCCGAGAGAGAUUGUGAAUCUAUAUUUACCAUUUCUGGGACUGGUUCAUCCUCGGAGCUGUCCCGCGCUCCCUACCUUCCACGUGAAUUACCUCCUCGAUAUGAAGAAAAGGAAAGUGCUGCACCUGCCACCCAGCCUCCUGCACCGUGA